AUGAGGCAAAUAUAUGAAAAAAAUGAAGAGGUCAAUAGCAUUGGAGAUGGAGAGAUGCUUCGUCCUACAGAUGGUCUGAUAUAUGACAAUUGUUCUAUGGAGAUGGUCCCAGCCUCUCUUGAUAGGAAAUCGGAUAUGAAGUGUCAAUUAAAGGAUGGCGAGAGUUUUAAGAGUGCAAUGUUAAAGAUCAAUAAGUUGAAAGUAGUUUCUAGAAGUUUAAGAUCUAUGGAGAAGGGUUCUUCUCGAAACAAUGAAAGGACGGCUGUGAAAGCGGCGGCUGUGAAAGCAGCAUCUAUCAAAGAUCGAGAGAAUCGGGUUGCUAAAUUGGAAGGGAUGAAACAACGUUUAGAGAAAAUACUUGAAGAGCAUGCCAAACAGCAAGUACAAGAGGUCAGUACUUCAGGGCUAUUCCAACCAGAUACUUGCUUCUAUUUCAUGAUGGUUAUAUCCAUAAUGUCUUUCCACUGA